AUGCAAAGAAAAUUUUUAGAUCAAAACGGCCAAGAGUUUUGUAAUUUUAUUGUCCCAACUGAAUACCUCCCUAGCAUUGAUUUGGUCAGCAAGAUUGUUUUAACUGAUAAACGAAUCGGCAACGUCAUAACUACAACAAUCUUUAAAGCAGAAAAAGAUUCAUAUGUUGUUGAACCUCCAGAAUUUAUGCAUCAAAAUUUUGGUGCUGUCCUGUAUACUCCUUGUAGUCUUAAAACUGAUUUGCCUCCUAUAGUCAUAAAUAUUAUUGAGACCUUUGAAGAAAAGAAAUUUAAUCAAAUCAUUCAACCACGUACCAACAUUUUUGAACAAUAUAAGACUCUUCCUAUUUGUGUGAUCAUCGUUGUCCAGCAACUUGAUGAAAAAAUUAUUGAACAAAGCUUGCAGCACCACGAUCUCCCACUUUUUAGAGAAAUAACGUGUGCAUUUUGGGCAAAGCAGUGCAUGUUGGUGUCAUCAGAAGAUAUUAAGCUCAACAAGAGUAAAGUAAGACACUAUCCAUUAUUAGAUAUUAUAAUUGCUAUUACGAGCAAUGAGAAAGUUAUAUUAUGUAACGAUAGCUUAUAA